UGAGCGAUGCGUGUAGUAUGUUUAGUUAUUAAAUUAAUUUUAUGGAAAAAAGAUGGACAAGGAGUUAUAAAACAAGUAACAUGUUCUUGCUAUGGGAUGAAGAAAACUGAAUUGGAAGAAUAUAUAUUGGUCUUUUAUGAUUACAGCCUGUGGAGCCAUAGUAACUUCAAGCUAAGGCUCAAUCUAUGACAACUACCAGCUGAACUGAUCUAUGAAGCAUGUUCAAUUCUUAUUCAUCUUGGGAUUUCUUCCAGUUGGAACAGCCUUACUCAGCAAGAAUGCUGAUAACAUGAAAGUUGAUAGUCAGAAGGUCCUGAAGAUAGGGAUCUCUCCUGUCAGUCUCGUAGCAAAUUUCUUCUGAAAGCACUUCUGUAAUCUAAGCAUUGGAGAACAGUCCAGGGGAGGAGAGCUGCUGUACCCCACGAUUUCUUCAAAGAAUGGGGUCCAUGAUCAGCAGCUUCUUCCAGACAGGAGGUCACCUGCUGUCAUCUGGGACAUCAGAGCAAACAAGGAACACUGUACUUGCUCUGCUUCAAGAUAUGAGAGAGAAGGAAUUGACACACAUUGAAUGGUGUUCCAUCGAGAAUUACAUCAGUAAUAUUCCAAAGGGAGAAAAUAUUCUUUCUGUCGCAAGUGCGGAUGGGUACAAUUUGCUGCAGAGAGCCAUAGGCUUUAACUGUGUUGAGCUCGUAAAAUGGAUUUUAAACCGAGGAUGUGACGUCAACAGAGGAGCUUGUAGCUUACCUUUGCAUAUUGCCGCUUUCCAUGGAACAGAAGAAAUAGUAGAACUUCUGUUGAAGCACGGUGCCCGUGUGGAUCUAGAAGCUAGAAUGUGUUUUCCCGGCCCACAUAACCAGAACUGCGAGUUGAGGUUUUAUGUGGUUCCUGGAAUGGGGAUGGCAGACCGCACCCCCGACAGAUUGCAGUCUGCGGAAUAUUAUGCCAUAGAUGGUGAUCAGUCUGAAAUAUUAGAACUGCUUUUAGCCCAAGGGGAAGAUAAUUGGCUACCCUGGCAACAAAAACGUCCACUGCUGCAUCUUGCUUGUGAAAGAGGUGCAUGGAAUUGUGUGCGUUACCUCGUGUCUGAACGAUCUGAUGAAAUCAACCAAUGUUAUGAUGAGUAUUACCCUAUACAUCAAGCUGCCAUACAAGAUUUGAAAUUCCUUGGUCUUCUUAUUCAGUGUGGAGCUGAUGUUCAGGUCAGGACAGCCACGCAGCAGAUGACAGUUCUUCAUGUGGUUUUACUAUCAGGAAGAAAAUCAGCUGACGAGACUCUAAAUACCAUAAAGAUGUUGUUAGAUCAUGGCUGUCGUGAUUUAAUAAAUGAACCGGACACUCUUGGCAACACACCAUUGCAUGCUUUGAUUGUUCGAUAUGCUUUGGAAGAGUCGCGAUAUGGUUACAAUCAGGAACCAAAGCCUUGGAAUAAAUGGGAUAUGCUGCAUAUGGUUAGAUAUUUACUUCAAAAUGGUGCUAGUCCAAGCAUUAACCAUCAGGGAAAUAGUGCACUGGCAUGUGUAUUGCGCCAUAUCCGAGACUGGGAAUUUCGAUAUGAGCUGUUGGAGAUGCUUCUGCAAAACGGUGGCAAUCCAAAUUGUGUCGGCAGAGAUGGGUCCGUGCCUCUUAUGGUGUGUCUGGUACCACUUAUCAAUAAAGACCCACUACAUUAUCUGACUCACACUAAGAAAGUGUUUUAUUUGAACUCUGUACGAUUACUGUGCAAGUAUGGUGCUAAUCCGAACUGUUCCUCUCGAAGCAACCUCACACCACUUCAUGUCCUGGUGUUCACUGCCAGUGAGUAUAUUAUUUUGAAUCGAGAGGAGGAAAAAAACAAUGCCUUUGCCUUUAUUCGUCAGCUGCUAGUCAUUCUUCUUCAGCAUGGACUCGAUCCAAAUGUCAAAUUCUCGCAGAGGACACAGCAUAUUUUGUUAGCUUUGAUGGAUAUGGUGCAGAAUGCCCGUGUCCCAAGUGACCUUCAUUAUGUUUAUGAUUUGACUUUAGUGUUACUUCAAUAUGGGGCAAAUCCUAAUACCAGUAUUACGACAACAGAAACAAUGAUUUGUCAUUCUCAGAGUUCUGUUUUUAUUAAGAAACCUUCAAAUUGGGUGCUGUAUCAUUACAUCCAACAUAUUAUUCGCAAAGAGGAACUGUUAAAUGACGAGGAGCAGACUUUCACAAAAUUAAUCUGGCUAUAUUAUUAUGCAAUGAACCAUAGAGAACUAUAUAGGUGUUUUAAGGUACUCAAUACACAGACUUCGUUGAUCCCUACCAUCAGUGCUGUCGCAAGCCUUCUCAGAUACAUGCGUACCCACCCACGGUCCCUGAAGCAAAUCACCCGAGUGGCCAUCUAUAAGGCGAUGAACUAUAAUGUAGCUCCAAAUAUAAAUAAAUUACCCUUACCUCUCCCUUUGAAAGAAUACAUGUUAGACUGGAUGCCUUGAAGGAGAACUGAUUGUAUGUAUGCAAGUGUUAUGUCAUCGAGCUUAAAGCAACAACAGAAUACCUGCAUCUCUUCACCAAGAAGGAGAUUGUAGAUUGUUGGUAUAUUCCUAAGUGUUAUUUACAAGAUCAGAAGCUAAGAAUUGCUGCGCUUUUACUGUAUUAUUAUAUCCCCCCUUGUCUGCAGUUGCUUUUCAUAAGAGUUUCCUCGUCCCAGUCUUAUGUUGCCUGGUUUCAGUAAAACUUUAGAAUGUGGUACCACGUGGCACACAUUCUGCCUUACAAUGCCAAAUGAGAAAAUGAAUCGUAAAUGUUAUGGCAAUAAAAAAAUUAUUGGUGCCAAGUUUAAUUCAUAUUAAUUACAUCGAUUUAAUGUUGCCUAUGCAGUAAUGUGGUUCUUCAAUUUCUGGUACCUGCAGAUUCUUAAUAUGUAGCUUGUAACCUGCUAGUAGGUCACAGACUGCAUCUUAUAUAGGUUGCAGGAUGUAUCAGUAGGUUACAGCUGUCUUAUUGUAAGACAGAUUGUUAAUCUAUUAUCAAGUUUGAAUAUUGUGUAAGAAUAUUAAACACUCAAACUUUUAAUGAAAUGUAGAUAAUUGAGUUGAAAGCUUAAAGACAAUCAGCAUAAUGGUAUCUGUUUUAGGAAAUAAAUUUUAAAAUUGACAAAGUCUAAUUUUCCCUCAAAAAUAUUAUUAUUGUACAUAUAAUAUCAUUGUUAUAAAUAGUUAGAGUUGGAGCAGUUUGUAAAAUAAUAAAUCUUAUAAAAUUUACAAAACAAAAUGUUUUGUAGUUUUUUUUUCUUUUCUGGAUAUGGAAUUAUGAAAACCUCCCAUUAUGGUAACAUAAUAUUCCUUACCUUUUCCUUUGUUGUAAUGGAUCUGUGAUAUUUCUUCAGGAUAUGUCUCCCUCCCAUAAGUAGAACUGGAAUUACGGAAUGUUCCUUCCUUACCUGAUUAUAUCUCAGAAUUAUCUUCCUCCAAGAGCAAUUCAAAAAGACUGCACAGUUAAAUUAAGUAGAAUUCUGAUAACUGACAUACCAUGAGAUCAGGAGUUGUAGGUAUUAGAGAAUUUUUCAGAUCAUAGAUCAUGUGUUUUUUAGUUUUUCUUUAUAUUUAUUUCUCCCACUCUAAUUUUUACACUGAAUUUGGAUUUUGCUCAAUUAACUAUGAAAACAUACCCAUAUCUUAAAAUUACUUAAGAUUUAAAAGAAUACAAAACUAAUUAUAUUUUUAAUAUAAUUUUUUUGCAUUGAAGAUACUAGGAUAGAGGGAAACAUUAUGGGAAGUGAUAAAUGAAAAGAAAGUAUUUUGAGGGAAUAGAGAACUCUUCAAAAAUCUCAUUACAUUGUAUUAUGUAAAAAUAAUAUUGUAUAUUAGCAGUGAAACUUCUUUCAAAAUAAUUUUUAUGUUUCUAAAUGAGAAAAAAAUAAAUAUGCUGUUGCCAAAAUUCCUGCAGUAUGAUUUUCUUUAAUUGAAUCACUGCAUUAAUUCCUCCAUUUUGCUUCUAUGCAUGUGCAGUUGGUUUACUAAAGUUAAUAGUAGUUAGCAAAAAGUACUAGAAUCAAAAUUUGGGAUUA